CAGAGCCAACCCUGGGCCAGGUGCACGGAGGCAGGAGGCACCCCUUGUGGUGCAAAGUACAGCAGGAGAGAACCCCACCCAGAGGAGAGUGAAGCGGGCCGGCGGGGGCGGGCUUUUCUUUCCUAGCUGGGUGACUGCCCACCCAGCAGACAGGGCCUGUGGCAGCCACCACCCCCUCCACCCUCAUAAGAGUGUCCCAGGACCCCGCCUGAAUCAGUGUGGCGGUAACAGCAGCAUCAUGGCAAACCUCUCAGUGCACCUGGCGGCUCUGAUCCUCCUAGGAGCAGCUCUAUGCGCGGCGCAGCCCCGCGGCCGAAUCCUGGGCGGCAGAGAGGCCAACUCCCACCAACGGCCUUACAUGGCCUCGGUGCAGGUGAAUGGCAAACACGUGUGCGGCGGCUUCCUGGUGGCCGAGCAGUGGGUAUUGAGCGCAGCGCAUUGCCUGGAGGACGUGGCCGACGGGAAGGUGCAGGUGCUCCUGGGCGCGCACUCGCUGUCGCAGAGGGAACCCUUUAAGCGCCUGUACGACGUACUCCGCGCAGUGCCCCACCCGGACAGCCGGCACGACACCAUCGACCAUGACCUGCUCCUGCUGCAGCUUUCUGAGAAGGCAGAGCUGGGCCCAGCUGUGCAGCCCCUGCCCUGGCAGCGAGAGGACCGCGACGUGGCCGCUCGCACGCUCUGCGACGUGGCCGGCUGGGGCGUGGUUAGCCACACGGGCCGCCAGCCCGACCGCCUGCAGUACCUGACCCUGCGGGUGAUGGACCGAGACACCUGCAACCUGCGCAGGUAUCACGACGGCACCAUCACGGAGCGCAUGAUGUGCGCAGAGAGCAACCGCCGGGACACCUGCAAGGGCGACUCCGGAGGCCCGCUGGUAUGCGGGGGCGUCGCCGAGGGCGUAGUCACCUCCGGAUCCCGCGUGUGCGGCAACCCCAAGAAGCCGGGCAUAUACACGCGCGUGGCGAGCUACGCGGCCUGGAUCGAUGGUGUGAUGGCUGGGGCUGAGGCCGCCUGAGGAGGACCUGAGGGCCUGGAGUCACCAGGAAGCAAUAAAGUCACCCACUUCUGCAUCCCGUCA